AUGGUGAUAGAAGGCGGCGGCAGCAAAAGAUUAGAUGACCUUCUGGACGAGAUCAACAUUAAAGCUCUGCGAUGCAAUCUGGAAGCUAAAUCCGGAAGCAGCAGCACAAGUAAGAUUACAAUCCUAAAUUCCACUUCCUUUGAUGAGAUCGAAAAUGCUAUCAAACCCAGGAUAGUGGAGAUUCUUGACAGAUUAGAACUUAUUCUAAAAGAGAAAGUUGAUCUGUGCAUUAAAACAAGUGUUAAAGGUAGACAACAAGCCACUUUACCUACAACAUCUUUGGUAGAAGACAACAACCACCCUUGCAAGACCACCCUUGCUCAACUGGUAUACAAAGAUCUUAGAGUGAAGCAACAUUUUGACCUCAAAGUAUGGGAUUGUGUUUCAGAAGAGUUUGAUGUUGCUCGAAUAACGCAGACAAUUUAUGGGGAAGUUAGUUCACAAACUUGUGACAUGACAGACCUCAACCAACUUCAAGUUAAACUCCAAGAGGCUUUGACAGGGAAGAAGUUUCUCUUUGUUUGUGAUGAUGUUUGGAAUGAGAAUUAUAUCCAAUGGGAUUUGUUAAGGCGUCCCUUUGAGUCCGGAGCACAUGGAAGUAAGAUCAUCGUCACAACGCGCAAUGAAGGUGUUGCAUCUGUUAUGGGUACUCUUCCAACUUACCAUCUCAUGGAAAUAUCUGACGAUAAUUGUUGGUUAUUAUUUGCAAAACAUGCCUUCAAAAUUGAAGGUCGUAAUGAAAAUUCAAAAAUGGAAGUGAUUGGAAGAGAAAUUGUUAAGAAGUGUAAAGGCCUUCCUUUAGCUGCAAAAGCACUUGGGGGUCUCUUACGCACUAAGGUAAAUGAGGAUGAAUGGAAAAAUAUAUUGAGAAGUGACAUAUGGGAGUUGUUAGACAAGAACGUUAACAUUCUUCCAGCUCUGUGGUUGAGCUAUCAUUAUCUACCUCCGCAUCUUAAGCGUUGCUUUGAGUAUUGUUCUUUAUUUCCAAAAGAUCACACAUUUAUAAAAUCGAAAUUGGUUAUGUUGUGGAUGGCCGAAGAUCUCUUACAACCUAGAAAAAAGAAAACUGCGGAAGAAGUUGGAGAGGAGUACUUUGAUGAUCUCAUCUCACGGUCAUUUUUCAACAGUCAUGAAUUAGAAAAGAUGCCACCAAAGAUGGGCAAACUGAAAGAUCUCCAAACGUUAAGUGACUUUGUCUUGGACAAAGGUCAUGGCGAUGAUAUCGCCGAGCUAAAGGAAUUUCAACAUUUGCAUGGAACACUUCGUAUUGCUGGCCUUCAGAAUAUUGUUCAUGCCGAGGAUGCUUAA